AGCGACGAGCCUGCGAUGUGCACGCCCUGCAAUCGUACUUACCACGGCCGUGAAGGACGUACAUACAAGUUAGAUCUUUCGAGACCGGCGGAGGAACGUUUGCCGUUUCUCUGUCAUUUAACGUUCACCGCUGCUGGUCAGGGGUACGGUGAAUUGGUGCAGCUUUUGUGGGACGCGUUCAGCGUGGGUCGAGUGGAUCCGAAUACCGAUAGCUUUAUCACCAGCUGCCCAGAAGGUUCCCUACAGCUCGCAGAACUCGGCCGACAUUUCACCGGCGGUUCGUGGUGCGGGGUCGGCGAAGGAAAGGCUUCCUAUUACAGCGAGACCAGCACCGUCACAGCGUCAAUACGAUUAUUUCACGCGCCCUCCGCGGUGCCAUUUGAGUUCCGUUUGCGGUACAGAUUUGUCUCGCGGAACGAGGCUGUCGCCAGAUUAGGAAAACCGGAGCUUCCAAUCGAAAGGGGCUCACCGGUCCCUGGCACAUACUGCUCCCGAAACUUCUACGAAUGCCAUCUGAAGCAAUGCAGGCUACAAAGCCCGAAUUAUCCCGGGGAAUAUCCGAGGAACGCGAGCUGUUUAAUUACGAUCAGACAGAAAGAAGUGCCGACCUGCAAGCACGCGAUGAUUUCCGUGAAAUCGACGCCGACCGGUCCGGCUGGUAUAACAACAGCUAACAGUUCUCUGAGCAUAUGGCAGGACUGUCCGCCGGACAAGGAUCGGCUGAUAUUCCACGACGGUGUACGUCUGGAGGAUCCGAUUCUAUUGAUUUACUGCGGCGGCCCUUUACCGCGUAUCACUGCCAGAGGACCCACGAUGCAAGUCGAAUUUCGAAGUUCCCCGAUCGCUAUUCCAUUGGGCGCGUCCGCUCUGCGUAUCGAGCUCGAGAUACAAGUGGUGUACGUUGAUUCGGACGGGCUCGAUUACGCCAAAGGCCCUCAGGGUUGUCACUUUUUUGUAAAUGGUACCAGCGGCAAAAGAAGCGGCAUAUUACGCGCCCCGCUUCACGCGCUACCACCCAACUCCAGCUGUACGUGGAACAUCAAAGGAGCCGCCGGCGACAGAGUCUGGAUUUAUUUUUCGUCUUACUCCCAGAGAGAUCUAACGGGUAGCGUGGAAAGUAACGCGAGUUCGCAGUCGGACGUGCCGUGCGCGGUGAGAUUGAUCUUUUGGGACGGUACCCCGAACACCGGGUUCCCGAUGACCACGCUCUGCGACGACACACCAAAGUUAUGCGCACAUGCGGCUCUGAGAAAUGUCACCAGGAUAUACGAACCUAUCAUUUCCGGGAGUCGAAGCUAUUUUGGGACACACUGUAUAUGUUUAUAAUCAAUAUUAUCGAUCAUGUCGCGAAAUAUCAUUACACAGGCACAAUACGAAUUCAUUUCGACCGUUCAAGUCGGCGAGCCAUGGGGCGACGGUGUUUGCAGCAGGAUCUGGCGUAAGGUUCGAAGCGGAGAAGUGAUGUCGCCGCGUGACGUACGGCUGUUCGGCAGAGGUGGUUCCACCAGGUUGGAUUGCAGGUAUCGAAUCGAGGCGGGCACGGACGAGAGGGUGCGAUUCACGUUGUACAACGUCAGUCUGGGCGAGGCGACCGUUUGCACCAGUGAGCCGGAUCCUCACAGCGGUCGACCGCAUUGCGUACAGGAAACGGGCUCCAGGGAAGCUCGUCUAGUGUUAUACGAGGCGCCCUGGCGGGACGUGAGGCUUCCGCGAGCUUGUUUGUGCGACAACACGUCGCAUCUACCCUUGACACACAUCUCGUCGAGCCGAGCGCUGGAGAUUACCUUUCUGAUCGAUCAACAAGCGCCGCACGAAGACUUCGAAACCUUAUUCUUCUACGCCAGUUUCGAGCUCGUUCGGGCGCCUGAGUGUCCCAGGAAACAAAGAGUACGCGGCGAAGGGGGCGAGUUGAGAUUCGUGUCGCCGCCGUUGUCGCGACCGGACAUUUAUUGCGACGGACUUCCCUGGUUGGUCGAGGCCCGCGAGAACAGAUCUCUGUUCGUGUUGACCUGGGGUUGGUUCCUUCCGCUUGAACCGUCGCCGGUGUUGGAGAUGAACGAGCAGCAACCGAAGUGCCCGACGACAAAUCGGAUUCUCCUGUACUCCGGCUGGCCGCCGAAGCUGUUGAAGGUGGUUUGUCCCGCGGAACCGGGCGCCAGGGAGUUCACGGUUCAUGUUUUCUCGGAGGAGUGGCUGGGCGGGGCCGGUGAAGGUAAAUGGCCAGGUCCACCGCGACCCCCGGCGCUUCUCUUGGACUUUGUCGCCCGAGAACCUGGUCAGGCAGCGGCCUCUUGGCUGGAGAUAUCGAAGAGCAGAGCUGCUUUGCGUAGACAGUUACGUCUACCGGAAAGGGGGAUAGAGAACGAAACUCUAUCCAACGGCGAUUGUCCUCAUAAAUGCCCCGAGUUGAGCGCUUGUAUAGCGGCGAGCCUUUGGUGCGACGGAAGACCUCAUUGCCCGUCCGGCCAUGACGAGGCGAACUGCGGCAACGGGGCGAAAUUACUCGGAUUACUGCCGUCGGAAAUGUGGCUUGUACUCGCCGGCGUUGCUGGAAUUAUUACCGCGUUCGCGUGCUUUUUCGCUGUGCUGAUCAGCAGGUCGAAAUCACGUACAAAAGGAGUUCAUUAUAAGGGUACAAAGAAAAGCAAUAGACCGAGACGAGCACCGACAGAGGAGACACUGCUGGGAGUGGCAUCCUGAC